AUGUCCACUGGAUGUCCAGUCAUUUUGACACACCAUUUUUAUGAAAAACAUAAUAAAAAACCUGAAUUUACUAUGGCCAACUUUAUCAUGACCAUAUUGGCUGUAUUUGUUGCGGGAACAGAGACAAUGACUACUACCCUCACAUAUGGACUCCUGCUCUUACUGAAGUACCCGGAGAUCACAGCUAAAUCCAAGGAGGAGAUUGAGCAUGUGAUUGGCAGACACCGGAGUCCUUCAAUGCUGGACAGGAGCAACAUGCCCUACAUGGAUGCCUUGAUACAUGAAAUCCAGAGAUAUAUCUACAUUGUCCCCAAGAGCCGGCCUCAUGCUGCGACUCAUAACAUUAAGUUCAGAGAAUACCUUAUUCCUAAGUCAGGGAAAAAGAGUAUGUGUUGGAGAGGACUUGGUCCAUAUGGAGUUGUUUACAUUUCUGACUACUAUUUUACAGCAUUUUACCUGAAACCUCUGGUUGAUCCAGAGGACAUUGAUGCCACUUCAGUUCUCAAUGGAGUAGGCUCCGUUCUUCCCUUCUAUAAACCACAUUUCAUUCCAGUCUAA